CUUAUAGCCCAGAUUGCAGUGACUGUGAGAAGGACCAGGCGAAUAAAAACCCUAAAUCCUCUGGGAGACCAGAGGCUUCCAGCUCAGAAGUGACCAGAGUUUGCUUUGUGUGUUGCCACAACGAGGAGGAACCAUGGUCAGCCGAUUUGAACACCCAGCCGGUGGCUACAAGAAGAUUUUUGAGACCUGCGAGGAGCUGUCUGAAGCUCUCCCGGCAACAGUCACAGGAAGGAUUCCUUCAUAUCUGAAGGGAAGUCUUCUCCGUUUGGGACCUGGCCUGUUUGAAGUUGGAGAUGAACCCUUCUAUCACCUCUUUGAUGGCCAGGCCCUCAUGCACAAAUUUGACUUCAAGAACGGCCAGGUCACCUAUUUCCGGAAAUUUAUCAGGACAGAUGCUUACGUGCGAGCCAUUACAGAGAAACGCGUGGUGAUCACUGAGUUUGGUACAUUUGCGUACCCUGAUCCCUGCAAAAACAUCUUCUCCAGGUUUUUCUCUUACUUCAAAGGUGUUGAGGUCACAGACAACUGCCUGGUGAAUGUCUACCCUGUUGGUGAGGAUUAUUACGCUGUAACAGAAACCAACUACAUCACCAAAGUAAACACUGAUACCCUGGAGACGCUGAAGAAGGUUGAUAUGUGCAACUUUGUCAAUAUCAACGGAGUGACGGCCCAUCCUCAUAUAGAGCGAGACGGUACUGUGUACAACAUUGGAAACUGCAUGGGGAAAGGUGCGACGCUGGCCUACAACAUUGUCAAGAUCCCACCCACGCAGAAAGACAAAUCCGAUCCCAUUGAGAAAUCAAAGGUGGUGGUGCAGUUCCCCAGCAAAGAGAGGUUCAAGCCCUCGUAUGUGCACAGCUUUGGCAUGACAGAAAACUACUUUGUCUUUGUGGAGACCCCGGUGAAAAUCAACCUGCUGAAGUUCCUGAGCGCUUGGAGCAUCCGCGGCUCCAACUACAUGGACUGCUUUGAGUCCAACGAGAGCCAAGGAACCUUGUUCCACAUUGCCAAGAAGGAAGGAGAGUACAUUGACCUCAAGUUCAAAGGAGCAGCCAUUGGCAUGUUUCAUCACAUCAACUCCUACGAGGACCAAGGGUUCAUUGUUUUCGACCUGUGCGCAUGGAAAGGUUUUGAGUUCGUUUACAACUAUCUCUGGUUGGCCAACCUGAGAGCCAACUGGGAGGAGGUGAAGAAGGCGGCCAUGAUGGCUCCCCAGCCGGAGGUGCGCCGAUACGUUAUUCCCCUGGAUGUCCACAAGGAGGAACAGGGGAAGAACCUCGUGAGCCUGCCGUACACCACGGCCACAGCUACCAUGCACGCUGAUGGGACGAUCUGGCUGGAGCCAGAGGUGCUGUUCUCUGGACCUCGCCAAGCCUUUGAGUUUCCCCAGAUUAACUACCAGAAGUACGGCGGGAAGAAUUACACGUACGCCUACGGCCUCGGCCUCAACCAUUUCAUACCAGACAGGAUCUGCAAGUUGAACGUGAAGACCAAGGAGACCUGGGUAUGGCAAGAGCCUGACUCCUACCCCUCAGAGCCCCUGUUUGUUCAGACCCCUGAUGGAGUUGAUGAGGAUGAUGGUGUGCUGCUGACCAUCGUGGCGGCUCCCGGCUCCCAGAGACCAGGAUACCUCCUCAUCCUCAACGCCAAGGAUCUGUCCGAGGUGGCCCGAGCUGAGGUGGAGUGCACCAUUCCCGUCACCUUCCACGGGAUGUACAAACCCUAACGAUACCUUACUCAGGGUAUCAGCAGUACAUACAGGGUUGUCAGUUGUCAUUCAGUAUUAGAAGACCAAUAAAUUAUGAUCAAAAGCAUCAUUGUGUCAGAAAAAUAAAGUUUUCCUCUUUGAGUAAAUGAUUGUAUUUCCUCAUUUGUAGCCAUUUUUUGUGCCUUCUGAGCCAUAUAUUGUAUGUCUAAGUAGAAUUUCUGAGGCUGUCAGUAUUACUAGAAACAAAUAUGGAUUUGUUCACAUCAUGUUUCAUACUAUUAGUUAAUGGUUGCCAAAAUAAAAGUAUCAGUAUCAAUGCA